AUGUCGAUGCAAAGUGGAAGCUUCAGAUUCUUGAACCUCAUCAAGCCCGUGACCUGCGUCCUCCCAGAGGUCGAAGCUCCGGACCGCCGCAUCCCUUUCAAGGAGAAAGUCUUGUGGACGUCGAUCUCUCUCUUCGUCUUCUUAGUCUGUUGCCAGAUCCCGCUCUACGGCGUGUUGACCUCCAAGAGUUCAGACCCCUUCUACUGGAUGCGUGUCAUCCUGGCCUCGAAUCGAGGGACUUUAAUGGAGCUGGGUAUCUCGCCCAUCAUUACCUCCGGCAUGGUGAUGCAACUCUUGGCUGGCAGCAGGAUCAUUGAUGUGGACAUGACUUUGAAGGAGGAUCGUGCGCUCUUCCAUGGCGCCCAGAAGUUGUUUGGCAUGCUGAUCACCAUGGGAGAGGCCGUGGCGUACGUGAUGAGCGGCAUGUACGGGAGCCUUCGUGAGAUUGGUUUUAUGUGUGCGAUCCUCAUCAUCAUCCAGCUCUUCUUCGCCGGCGUCGUGGUGAUUCUGCUGGAUGAGUUGAUGCAGAAGGGCUAUGGCAUUGGCUCAGGAAUCUCGCUCUUCAUCGCCACCAACAUCUGCGAGAGUAUCAUUUGGAAGGCCUUCUCUCCCACGACGAUGAACACUGGCAAGGGCACCGAAUUUGAAGGGGCCAUCGUGGCCACCUUCCACUUCAUGGCCUCCAGGAGCGAUAAGCUGAUGGCCCUGAAGGAAGCCUUCUAUCGCCAAUCGGCGCCCAACCUCACCAACCUCUUCGCCACGGUCUUGGUGUUCUUCGUGGUGAUCUACUUCCAAGGUUUCAAGGUGGAUCUUCCCGUGAAGUAUCAGAAGGUGCGAGGACAGCAGGGCUCGUACCCCAUCAAGCUCUUCUACACUUCCAACAUCCCCAUCAUUCUGCAGACUGCCUUGGUGUCCAACCUCUACUUCAUGUCGCAGUUGCUUUACAGGCGUUUCAAGUCCAACAUGUUGGUGAACCUGCUGGGACAGUGGCAGGAGGCUGAUGGCCCAGGCCAGUCCAUCCCUGUGGGCGGCUUUGCAUACUACAUCUCCCCGCCCCACAGCGUCUCAAACAUUUGGGAGGAUCCUCUUCAUGCCUUGAUCUAUGUCUCCUUCGUCCUCAUCUCCUGUGCGCUCUUCUCCAAGUUCUGGAUCGAGGUGUCUGGCUCCUCCCCGCGAGAUGUGGCCAAACAGCUCAGAGACAACUCCAUGGUCUUCAAAGGGCAUCGAGAAGAGUCUUUGUUGAAGGUGUUGGACAUGUACAUUCCCACCGCUGCGGCCUUCGGCGGCAUGUGCAUCGGCAUGCUCACGAUCAUGGCGGACUUUUUGGGCGCCAUUGGCUCGGGCACCGGUAUCCUCCUGGCGGUCACCAUUAUCUACCAAUAUUUUGAGAUUAUGUACAAGGUCCAGGUAGACUUUGAAGGCUUGAAGAACGCCAACGAAACGCUGGAUCAGAUCCAGAAGAGCCUCGAGGCAUACCUCGAGACCAAGCGAGCCGCCUUCCCGCGCUUCUAUUUCUUGUCGGACGAUGAGCUUUUGAGCAUCAUGUCGCAGACCAGGAACCCCGAGGCGGUGCAGGAGCAUCUGUGCAAGUGCUUCGAUGCCAUCUCACGUGUGACCUUCACCGAGGAAAAGAAGAAGGACAUCAUCGACAUGAACGACAUGAUUAAGGAGAAGGUACCCUUCACAAACCCCGUGCCCACCUUCGGCUCCCCCGUGGAGAAGUGGUUGGGGGACAUCGAACUGCGCAUGGUCGAGAGCUUGCAUGCCUUGACCAAGGCAGCUCUGGAGACCUAUCCGGAGGAUGGCAUCAUCCGCAAGGAUUGGCUCUUUGGACCGUACCCAGCGCAGUCAGCGUUGGCGGUGGACCAAAUCAUGUGGACCAAGUGCGCGGAGGAUGCGCUCAAUCAGGUAGAAGCUGGAGACGUCGAGGCGAUGAAGCGCAACAUCGCCUUCACCAACAAGCAGCUCGAGCACAGCGUGGAGUUGGUCCGCUUGGACUUAUCCAAGCUGCAACGGGUCCUCAUGGGUGCUCUCAUCGUACUGGACGUGCAUGGCAUCUCGGUCUUGGAACAGAUCGAAGCAGCAAAGUGCAGGUCGGUGAACGACUUCGAUUGGAGCAAACAGCUGCGCUACUACUGGGCUGCCGAAGAGGUGCUGAUGUCAGAUGGAACGCAUGCGUCCGACACCUGUAUCGUCAAGCAGACGAUCGCCAACAUUCGGUACUCCUUCGAAUAUUUGGGCAACACCCCGCGGCUGGUCGUCACGCCGCUGACGGACAAGUGCUACAUGACUUUGACGGGAGCAAUUCAUCUGAACUAUGGAGGUGCCCCUGCCGGGCCUGCUGGAACAGGGAAGACUGAAACGACGAAGGAUUUGGGGAAGGCCCUGGCGGUGCCGGUGAUUGUCUUCAAUUGCUCAGAUGGCCUGGAUUACAAGAUCAUGGGCCGCUUCUUCAGUGGCCUCGCCCAGGCGGGUGCAUGGGCCUGCUUCGAUGAGUUCAACCGGAUUCAAGUGGAAGUCCUGAGCGUCAUUGCUCAACAGAUGCUCACUGUGACACAUGCCAUCCGUGCACGGAAGGAGACGUUUGAGUUUGUGGGGAAGGAGAUCCCACUGAACCCACGCUUCGGGGUCUUCAUCACCAUGAACCCCGGCUACGCCGGGCGCGCGGAGCUGCCGGACAACUUGAAAUCUCUGUUCCGACCGGUGGCAAUGAUGGUCCCAGACUACUGCCUCAUUGCGGAGAUCAUCCUCUACUCGGAGGGCUUUGGUCGAGCCACGGCUCUGGCGCGGAAGAUGGUGAACCUGUACAGCCUCUCCAGUGAGCAGCUGUCCAAACAGGACCACUACGACUUCGGCAUGCGAGCAGUGAAGUCAGUUCUGGUCAUGGCCGGGCAGCUGAAGCGGAAGUACCCCACCCUGGUGGAGGACGUCACGCUGAUCCGAGCUUUGAGGGACUCCAAUGUGCCGAAGUUCCUCUCGUUUGACUUGCCGCUCUUCUUCGGGAUCAUCAGUGACCUCUAUCCGGACGCAGAUGUCCCCUACGUGGAUUAUGGACGGCUCCAAAAGGAAAUCGAGAACCAGCUGAAAUUGGCAAAGUUGGAGGUGGUGCCCUCCUUCGUGGGGAAGAUCAUCCAACUCUUGGAGACGCAACUGGUGCGGCACGGCGUCAUGGCGCGGACGCCCCGGGAGCGCAUCGGCGUUCGAACGGAACGGGGCGAGGCGAGAGCGGAGCGGCGUCCGUUUUCGCAGACUUCCCAUGAAGAGAAGCGUUGCAAAAAAUGGAAGAGGCACCAAGAGAGGUCUCCUGUGAAUGCGUGA